AUGGAGCGUGGAGAAAGAGUCUUAGGGUUUUCUGGCUGUCGGAGUGUGGGAGUCUGGAAGUCACGGUGGAUGGGUCUUUCACACGCCCGAGGUGAAACCGCUAAUUCGUCUAGUGACACCUGGGGCGCUGUUCAGGCAGGGCAACAAUGCUGCCUGUCAGUCCCUGGAGUGUAUCACAGCUCACAAAGACACUAUUCAACUCAGGACACCACAACUCAGGACGCCUCAACUCAAGACGUCCCUACUCAGAAUGCCCCAACUCAAGAAGUCCCUACUCAGGACGCCCGAACUCAGGACGCCUCAACUCAAGACGUCCCUACUCAGGAUGCCCCAACUCAAAGUCCUACUCAGGACGCCCGAACUCACGACGCCUCAACUCAAGACGUCCUGCCAGACGCCUCAACUCAACCAAAUCCUACUCGGACGCCCCCAACUCAAGACGCCCCCAAAUCAGGACGCCCCAACUCAGACGCCCCAAUCAGGACGCCCCAACUCAAAGACGCCUCAAUUCAAGACGUCCCAACUCAGGACGCCCCAACUCCAAGACGCCUCAAUUCAAGACGCCCCCAAAUCAGGACGCCUCAACUCCAAGACAUUCCCUACUCAGGGACGCCUCAAUUCAUGCGUCUGUCAGGACACCCCCAACUCGGACGUCCCAACUCAAAGACGCCUCAAUUCAACGUCCCAACUCAGGACGCACCCCAACUCAGGACGUCCCAACUCAAGACCGCCUCAAUUCAACACGUCCCCAACUCAGGACACCCCCAACUCAGAUGCCCCAACUCAAGACGCCUCAAUUCAGCACGUCCCAACUCAGGAGACCCCAACUCAGGACGUCACAACUCAGGACGCCUCAACUCCAGGACGCGUCAAUUCCAAAUCCCCCGUCAGAACGCCCCAAUUCAAGGCGUCCCAACUCAGAGACGCCCCAACUCAGGACGCCCUAACUCAAGAUGUCUAACUCAGUACGCCACAAAUAGGACGCCCCCAGAGACGCCCCAGCUAAGGACGCCCCAAGUCAGGACCUUCCAACUCAGGACGCCCCAACUCAGGACGCCUCAACUCAAGACGCCUCAACUCAAGACAUCCCAACUCAGGAAGCCCCCAACUCAGACGUCCCAACUCAGGACUCCCCCAACUCAGGACGCCCUAACUCCAAGAUGUCCCCAACUAGGACGCCUAACUAAGGACGCCCAAGACGUCCCAACUGAGGACGUCCCAAAUGAGGACGUCCCAACUGAGGACGUCCCAACUCAGGACGCCCCAACUGAUGACGUUCCAACUGAGGAUGUUCCAACUAAGGACGCUUCAACUCAGGACGUUCCAACUCAGGACGCCCUAACUCAAGACGUCCCAACUCAAAACGCCCCAACUCAGGACGCCCUAACUCAAGACGGCCCAAAUCAGGACGCCCCAACUCAGGAUAUACCGGAGAAUAAAUUACAUUAA